GUGUAUUUCUUUAGAGCUGCACUUGUGGACUCCUGGAGUGUAGGCUUUCCAGUGCAUUUGUUUAGUGCAUCAAUGGCGCUCUUCAUCUUCCUUGGGAUUUGCCUUUCUUGUUUGAUUUUUCUUUUUCUGUGGAAUCAGCACCACGUCAAAAAGAAGCUCCCACCUGGACCCACUCCUUUACCAAUUGUUGGAAAUAUUUUGCAAGUGGAUAUUAAAAAUAUCAUCAAGUCUCUGAACCUACUAGCGAAAGAGUAUGGCCCUGUGUUCACCGUGUACCUGGGCAUGAAGCCCACUGUGGUGUUGUAUGGAUACGAAGCACUGAAGGAAGCUCUGAUUGACCGUGGAGAUGAGUUUUCUGGCAAAAUGCAAUCAUCAUUACUCAGUAAAGACAGUCAAGAGUUAGGAAUCAUUUUCAGCAAUGGAGAAACAUGGAAGCAAACACGGCGUUUCUCCCUCAUGGUUUUAAGGUCUAUGGGAAUGGGAAAGAAGUCUAUUGAACAUCGAAUUCAGGAGGAAGCACUUUGUCUGGUGGAAGAAUUGAGAAAAACCAAUGGGUCUCCCUGUGACCCUAACUUUCUGUUAGCCUGUGUUCCCUGCAAUGUGAUCUCUGCUGUCAUUUUCCAGCAUCGCUUUGACUACAAUGAUGAUACAUUCCUAGGCUUCGUGAAGAAUUUUCAAAGAAUUAUUGAAAUUUUGACAUCUCCUUGGGUCCAGCUGUGCAGUGCCUACCCUGCUUUAUGCCAUCUCCCAGGAAGCCAUAAUGAAUACUUGAAGAUUCUGACUGAAAUUAAAGCAUUCAUAUUGAGGGAAAUAAAAAGGCAUCAAGAAUCUCUGAACCUCAGUAGCCCUCAGGACUUUAUUGACCAUUUCCUGAUUAAAAUGGAAAAGGAAAAACACAAUAGGAAGUUUGAAUUCACCAUGGACAACCUGAUCGUCACCGUAUCUGAUCUGUUUCAUGCGGGAACAGAGACCACAAGCUCCACAAUGAAAUAUGGCCUUUUCCUUUUACUGAAGCACCCAGAGGUCACAGCUAAAAUUCAGGAAGAAAUUGCACGUGUAAUUGGCAACCACCGGAGCCCCUGCAUGCAGGACAGGAACCAAAUGCCCUACACAGAUGCUGUGUUGCAUGAGAUCCAGAGAUACAUUGAUCUUAUUCCUAUUCCUUUGCCUCGUAAAACAACACAGGAUGUGGAGUUUAGAGGAUACCACAUUCCCAAGGACACAAGUGUAAUGAUAUGUCUGACUUCUGUUCUGAAUGAUGACAAAGAGUUUCCCAAUCCAGAGAAGUUUGACCCUGGCCACUUUCUGGAUGAGCGAGGCAAUUUCAAGAAGAGUGACUACUUUAUGGCUUUUUCAGCAGGAAGAAGAGCUUGUAUUGGAGAAGGUCUGGCCCGCAUGGAGAUGUUUUUAAUCCUGACCAACAUCUUACAGCAUUUUACUCUAAAACCUUUGGUCAAUCCAGAGGACAUUGACACCACCCCAGUUCAAACUGGUCUCUUGUCUCUGCCUCCAUCCUAUGAGCUCUGUUUCAUUCCAGUCUGAAGCUGGGUAGUCUUUCACCUGGAUGCCUGAGUCCCUGUUUCUACUUGGGAGCAAACAGGACUUUUCUGUCCUAUGCACCUGCAUCCUGCAGUCCUUCUUAAUGGCAAGCAUGCUACCUCUGAACUGUCCUAAAUUUUUCUCAGUUUCUUUAUGAAUCAGUUCCUGUUUUCACAUAUGAAAAAAAUCUCACUAUUUUAGCAUUAAAUUUUUGCUGCAGUGUGUGUCAGAUCAUUAGCUACAUUUUCAUUUGAGUUCAUUCCAAAUGGAAAGUGUGUUAUCAAUCUCAUGUUUUAUAAAAGGUAGCAAUCAUUACUUAUUAAGUGAUUUUCAAGAAAAUUAAUUAAAUAUGGAACAAACUGA